GCCAUGAUGUGCUACACUCCCAAGUGGCUGUGGGACGCCUGGGAGGGCGGCCUGGUGCGGACGCUGUCCAUGGGGAUGAACCAGAGCCUGGUGCCGGACAAGGACAAAGACAAGAAGAAGAAGGUCCUCAUCGACUACUUGCUGCAUCAUGUCGAGCGGCACAACUCUUACGCCAUCCGCUACUUCCUGUGCGAGACGCUCUGCCUGGUCAACAUCAUCGGCCAGCUCUACAUGAUGAACCACUUCUUCGACGGCGAGUUCUUCAGCUACGGGCUGCGCGUCAUGUCCUUCUCGGACCAGAACCAGGAGGAGCGCGUCGACCCCAUGGUGUACGUGUUCCCGCGCGUCACCAAGUGCAUCUUCCACAAGUACGGUGCGUCCGGCACGAUCCAGAAGCACGACUCGCUCUGCCUUCUGCCGCUCAACAUCGUCAACGAGAAGACGUACAUCUUCAUUUGGUUCUGGUUCAUGAUCCUGGCCGCGCUCCUGACGGUCUUAGUGCUCUACCGCGCGCUCCUGCUCAGCGUGCCGUCGCUGCGCCCCAAAGUGUUCCACUGGUGGCACAAGCUGAUCCCGCACGAGGUGGCCGAGGCCCUGGCCAGGAAGACAGACGUGGGCGACUGGUGGCUGUUGUACACCCUGGGCGACAACAUGGACCCGCUCAUCUACCGCGAGGUCGUGUCCGAGCUCUCGAAGAAGAUCGAGACGGCCGCCAGCAACAGCUCCUGAUCUCUGGCCGAGCCGGACCCGGCCCGGCCUCUCCUCCUGGCCAAGGACGCGGCGGCCAGGGGCGCGGCCAGGGCCAAGCCCGACCGCGGCCUCGGACCCUCCUCCGGCAAGACCCGGCGCCACCUCGCCAAGGCGGAGGAAGCCGAGGCCGGGGCGAGGGCAAUCGUUUGACUGUGAUGUCUUUGUAGAGUACGGCGCCGUCAGUUUCUCUGGAGUUGCUCGACGGGUGACUGGAAUCGCCCCCCUUUGAGUAUUUCCGUUUUUAGUUAUGUCUGUUUAGAGGUUGUCACCCGUAAACAUGUCUUCUCCUUUGUCCCACUGCCAGCCCUUAUGCCCCCACAAACAUAAUUGUAAACAAGCUUUUAUUAUUAUGAAGAAAUGAUAAUGAACUGUUAUGAUGAAUUAAUGAUAAUGAAGCUUUUAUUAUGAUGAAUAAAUGAUAAUGAACUGUUAUGAUGAAUUAA